AUGUCUGAUGGGAGGGUUUAUUAUAUUGAUCAUGGGCCCCGAGCAACAACUUGGUCAGAUCCACGUUACACAGGACCAACAUCAUCAACUAACCAAGCUGUGGACGAAUACGGAGCAUCAUCAAACUCGUCUGUGCACGACACAAACACUAGAGAUGAGGAGUUAGUAGCUAGUUUCGAAACACGUGGAGUAGAACUGUGGAAUCUUCGUCAAGUUUAUGAAUGGCUGAAACAUUUUGGUAAAAUGUAUGCCAGUGAUGCUGAUAAAUUAUAUUCACAUGGUGUAGAUGGACGAAUGCUUCUAUCUGCUGUUGAUGAUCAAAGUUUACAAGAUAUAGGAAUUACAUCAAUCAUGCAUAGACGGAAAAUACUAAUGACUAUCGAUGAUUUAAAACUGGUACAAAUAAAAAGACAGUCU